AUGCUUGAUAUAUUUGUAGUGAAUGGUGAGUGGAGGGCUAUGUUCCAAGAUGUGUGGGUGGAGAGUUUGGUUGCUAGAUGUUCUAAUCACAAACCUAUGGUGCUAACUAUCACAAGGGUAAAGAACUUGAGGAAGAGAAGGAAGCAUAUGUUCAGAUUUGAGGCAAGUUGGCUGAAGGAGGAGGAAUGUGAGAGACUAGUGGCAAAGGUUUGGUCUGAAAAACAGAUGACUCUUGAUCCUAUGACGAAUGUGCAAAGACUUCCAAGAGUGUGUAGUGGAAGGCUGGCAAAUGGGUUUAGGAAGAAAGACAAGGAAAUGAAUGGAAAUAUAGAGUUGCUAACUGAAAGGAUUAAAAGGCUACAAGAGAUGGAAAGGCUUCAUAAUACUACUAAGAUACACAAGCUAAAAUUGGAAGUGGGGAAGCUGCUAGAGCAAGAGGAUAUAAGGUGGAAGAAAAGGGCAAAAAGAAGCUGGUACUGUUUAGGUGAUAAAAAUACAAAGUUCAUUCACUCCUAUGCCAGUCAAAGGAAAAAGAAAAACCAAAUAUUGUAUGUUGUAGAUGAUCAGUCUGAGGUGAAAGAAGAUCAAGAGGAGAUUGUUGAGGCUUUUAGAGAGCAUUUUGCUGAAGUGUAUAAAUCAGGUGAGCCUUCUAGAGAAGUGAUUGAGGAGUGUGUGAAUUCAAUGGGGGCAAGGGUAACAAAUAGUAUGGUGGAGGAACUGGAGAAAAAGUUUUACUAG